GGUGUCGCCUAGCAGCAGCCGCCGCGCUGUGGUAGGCUCUGGACUCUUGGCGGGAUCCGGAUUACGCCUGGAGGAGUCGAGCCCGGGAACGGGCAGGGGCCGCGGCGGGCACAGCGUGGUGGUCGCAGUUGAUGAGGGACUUGCCACGGGUUGCCAGCCCCGGUCCAGGACGUGGGAGACGGUGGAAAAUUAAAGAUGUCACCUAAUAUAAACUGGAAAGAGUUAAUCAAAGUUGACCCAGAUGAUUUGCCUCGACAAGAAGAACUGGCAGAUAGUUUAUUGGUUUCUUUAUCCAAGGUGGAAGUAAAUGAAAUAAAAAAUGAAGAUCAAGAAAAUAUGAUACAUCUUUUCAGAAUUACUCAGUCACUCAUGAAGAUGAAAGCUCAAGAGGUGGAGCUAGCUUUGGAAGAAGUUGAAAAGGCUGGAGAAGAACAAGCUAAGUUUGAAAAUCAGUUAAAGUCGAAAGUAAUGAAACUGGAAAAUGAGCUGGAGAUGGCUCAGCAGUCUGCAGGUGGACGGGACACUCGGUUUUUACGUGAUGAAAUUCGCCAACUUGAAAAGCAAUUGGAGCAAAAAGAUCGAGAAUUAGAGGAUAUGGAAAAGGAGUUGGAUAAAGAGAAGAAAGUUAAUGAACAAUUGGCUCUUCGAAAUGAGGAGGCAGAAAAUGAAAACAGCAAAUUAAGGAGAGAGAAUGAACAGCUUCGUCAGGAUAUUGUUGACUACCAGAAACAAAUAGAUUCACAAAAAGAGUCACUUUUAUCAAGAAGAGGAGAGGAUAGUGACUACCGAUCACAGUUGUCUAAAAAAAACUAUGAACUUGUUCAAUAUCUGGAUGAAAUUCAGACCUUAACAGAAGCAAAUGAAAAAAUUGAAGAUCAGAAUCAAGAGAUGAGAAAAAACCUAGAGGAGUCUGUGCAGGAAAUGGAGAAGAUGACUGAUGAGUAUAACAGGAUGAAGGCCAUUGUGCAUCAUACAGAUAAUAUCAUGGACCAACUGAAGAAAGAAAAUGAGCAUUAUCGACUUCAAGUAAAAGAACUAACAGAUGUUCUAAAAGCCAAGGAUGAAGAAGAUGAUCCUGUCAUGAUAGCUGUCAAUGCAAAAGUAGAAGAAUGGAAGUUAAUUUUAUCUUCUAAAGAUGAUGAGAUUAUUGAAUAUCAGCAAAUUAUCCACAGUCUGAGGGAAAAACUUAAAAAUGCCCAGCUAGAUGCUGAUAAAAGUAAUAUUAUGGCUCUGAAACAGGGCAUACAGGAACGAGACAAUCAGAUUAAGAUGCUCACUGAGCAAGUAGAACAGUAUACAAGAGAAAUGGAAAAAAAUACUUUCAUUAUUGAAGAUUUGAAAACUGAGCUACAAAGAGACAAAGGUUCUUCAACCUUUCAUCAACAAACUCACUACAUGAAAAUUCACUCAAAGGUACAAAGUUUGGAAGAGAAGCUAAAGGAGGCUGAGAGAACAGCUGAACUGGCUGAGGCUGAUGCAAAGGAAAAGGAUAAAGACUUGGUUGAGGCUCUGAAGAGAUUAAAAGAUUAUGAGUCAGGAAUAUAUGGUUUAGAAGAUGCUGUUGUUGAAAUAAAGAAUUGUAAAAACCACAUUAAAAUAAGAGAUCGAGAGAUUGAAAUGUUGACCAAGGAAAUCAAUAAACUUGAGAUGAAGAUCAAUGAUGUUCUUGAUGAAAAUGAGGCACUUAGGGAGCGUUUGGGCCUUGAGCCAAAGACAAUGAUAGAUCUAACUGAAUUUAGAAACAGUAAAUACUUAAAGCAGCAGCAGUUUCGAGCUGAAAACCAGAUUCUGUUGAAAGAGAUUGAAAGUCUAGAGGAAGAAAGACUUGAUUUGAAAAGAAAAAUUCGCCAAAUGGCUCAAGAGAGAGGAAGAAGAAGUGUAGCUCCAGGGUUAACCAUUGAGGACCUGAAUGUAACUAGAACCUUUUCUCAGGAAGCUACAGUAGGAGAACGAAGAGGGCAUUUUCUGACCCUCAGGAGUGUGAAUGAGGCUCAAGCAAAGAAUGAAUUUCUAUCAAGAGAACUAAUUGAAAAGGAAAGAGAUUUGGAAAGAAGUAGGACAGUAAUAUCUAAAUUUCAGCAAAAGUUAAAAGAAUUAGCUGAAGAAAAUAAGCAACUUGAAGAAGGUAUGAAAGAAAUAUUGCAAGCUAUUAAGGAAAUGCAGAAGGAUCCAGAUCUGAAAGGAGGAGAAACAUCUCUAAUUAUCCCUAGUCUUGAAAGACUAGUUCAUGCUAUAGAGUCAAAGAAUGCUGAAGGGAUCUUUGAUGUCAGUCUGCAUUUGAAAGCCCAAGCUGAUCAACUGACUGGAAGGAAUGAAGAAUUAAGGCAGGAGCUCAAGGAGUCUCGGAAAGAAGCGUUAAGUUAUUCACAACAGUUGGCAAAGGCAAAUUCAAGGAUUGAUCAGCUUGAGAAAGAAACUAGUCUUCUACGACAAUGUGAAGGAUCAAGUGUGGUUUUUAAAGGUGUUGACAUACCUGAUGGGAUAGCACCAUCUAGUGCCAAUAUCAUUAAUUCUCAGAAUGAAUAUUUAAUACAGCUCUUGCAGGAACUGGAUAAUAAAGAAAAGAUAUUAAAAAAUUUAGAAGAUUCUCUUGAAGACUACAACAGAAAAUUUGCAGUAAUUCGUCAUCAACAAAGUUUAUUAUAUAAAGAAUAUCUAAGUGAAAAGGAGACAUGGAAAAGAGAAUCUGAAACAAUCAAAGAGGAAAAAAGAAAACUUGAGGAUCAAGUCCAACAUGAUGCAGUAAGAGUAAAAGAAUAUAAUAAUUUGCUCAAUGCUCUUCAGAUGGGCUCGGAUGAAAUGAAAAAAGCAGUUUCAGAAAACAGCAGAAAAAUCACUGUUUUACAAGUAAAUGAAAAGUCACUCAUACGGCAGUAUACAACCUUAGUAGAAAUGGAACGGCAGCUUAGAAAAGAAAAUGGGAAGCUAAAGAAUGAUUUAAUAUCAAUGGAAGCAGAAGUUUGUGAAAAAAUUGGAACUUUGCAAAGAUUUAAGGAAAUGGCCAUUUUCAAGAUCGCAGCUCUUCAGAAAGUUACGGAAAAUAGUGUUUCCUUGGCUGAGCUAGAACUAGCCAAUAAACAAUACAAUGAGCUCACUACUAAGUACAGAGACAUUUUACAAAAAGAUAAUAUGCUUGUUCAAAGAACAAGUCAGUUAGAACACUUAGAGUGUGAAAAUUCAUCUUUAAAAGAGCAAAUGGAGUCUAUAAAUAAAGAAUUGGAGAUUACCAAGGAAAAACUUCAUACUAUUGAACAAGCCUGGGAACAAGAAUCUAAGUUAGGAAAUGAAUCAAACAUGGAUAAGGCAAGGAAAUCAAUAACCAACAGUGAAAUUGUUUCUAUUUCAAAAAAAAUCACUAUGUUGGAAAUGAAGGAAUUAAAUGAAAGGCAGCGAGCUGAACACUGUCAGAAAAUGUACGAGCACUUACGGACUUCAUUAAAGCAAAUGGAAGAACGAAAUUUUGAAUUGGAAACCAAAUUUGCUGAGCUUACCAAAAUCAACUUGGAUGCACAAAAGGUGGAACAGACAUUAAGAGAUGAAUUAGCUGACAGCGUGAGCAAGGCAGUGAGUGAUGCUGACAGGGAAAGGAUUCUGGAGUUAGAGAAGAAUGAAAUGGAACUUAAAGUUGAAGUAUCAAAACUGAGAGAGAUUUCUGAUAUUGCCAAAGGACAAGUUGAAUUUUUGGAUUCACAGCAACAGUCCAGGGAAAAAGAAGUCGAAUCCCUCAGAAUGCAGCUGCUUGAUUACCAGACCCAAUCUGAUGAAAAGGCACUAAUUGCCAAAUUGCACCAACAUAUUGUCUCUCUUCAAAUUAGUGAGGCUACUGCUCUUGGUAAGGUAGAGUCAGUAACAUCUAAACUACAGAAGGUAGAGGCCUACAAUUUGCGCUUAGAGCAGAAGCUGGAUGAAAAGGAGCAUGCUCUCUACUACGCACGCUUAGAGGGGAGGAACCGGGCAAAGCACCUGCGUCAGACCAUCCAGUCCCUCCGAAGACAGUUCAGCGGAGCCUUGCCACUGGCACAGCAGGAGAAGUUCUCCAAAACAAUGAUUCAGCUGCAGAAUGACAAGCUCAAGAUGAUGCAGGAAAUGAAAAGUUCACAGCAAGAACGCAGCAAUAUGGAGAAUAAAACGCUAGAGAUGGAGUUAAAGUUAAAAGGCUUAGAAGAAUUAAUAAGCACCUUAAAGGAUGCCAGAGGAGCCCAAAAGGUAAUCAAUUGGCAUAUGAAAAUAGAAGAACUUCGUCUUCAAGAGCUAAAACUAAAUAGAGAAUUAGUCAAGGAUAAAGAAGAAAUCAAAUAUUUGAAUAAUAUCAUAUCUGAGUAUGAACAUACCAUCAACAGUCUGGAGGAGGAAAUUGUUCAACAGAACAAGUUUCAUGAAGAAAGACAAAUGGCCUGGGAUCAAAGAGAAGUUGAGCUGGAACGUCAGCUAGACAUUUUUGACCGCCAGCAAAAUGAAAUACUAAAUGCAGCACAAAAGUUUGAAGAGGCUACAGGAUCAAUACCAGAUCCCAGUUUACCCCUUCCAAAUCAACUUGAGAUGGCACUAAGAAAAAUUAAGGAAAAUGUUCAAACAAUUCUAAAAACACAAGCAACCUGUAAAUCACUGGAAGAGAAGCUAAAAGAAAAAGAAUCUGCUUUACGGUUAGCAGAGCAAAAUAUUCUCUCAAGAGACAAAGUAAUCAAUGAACUGAGGCUUCGGUUGCCAGCCACUGCAGAACGUGAAAAACUUAUAGCCGAGUUAGGCAAAAAAGAGAUGGAACCAAAAUCUUCCCACACAAUGAAAAUUGCCCAACAAACCAUUGCCAACAUGCAAGCAAGGUUAAACCAAAAGGAAGAAGUACUGAAGAAGUACCAGCAUCUUCUAGAAAGAUCCAGAGAGGAGCAGAGAGCAAUUGUUAGGAAACAUGAGGAAGACCUUCAUAUUCUUCAUCGUAAAUUAGAGCUGCAGGCUGAGAGUACACUCAGUGAAUUCAAGCAGACAGCUCAGGAUUUAAUAAAACAGACUCCUGCUCCAGUUCCUACCAACAAGCAUUUUAUUCGUCUGGCUGAGAUGGAGCAGACAGUGGCCGAACAAGAUGACACCCUCUCCUCCCUUUUGACCAAAUUGAAGAAAGUGUCACAAGCUUUAGAGAGACAAAAAGAAAUCACUGAGAUUAAAGUCAAAGAAUUUGAAAGUACGAAAUUACGGCUCCAAGAAAACCAUGCUGGUGAAGUGAAAAAAGUCAAAGCAGAAGUUGAGGAGUUAAGGGGUUUUCUGGCCCAGGCUCAAAGGGAGUCACAGAGUUUGAAGUCUGAACUUCAGGCUCAGAAAGAAGCAAAUUUAAGAGCUCCAACAACUACCAUGAGGAAUCUAGUAGACCGGCUAAAGAGCCAGUUAUCCCUGAAAGAUAAACAACAGAAAGCACUUAGUCGAGCACUAUUAGAACUCCGGGCAGAAAUGACAGCAGCAGCUGAGGAGCAUAUUAUUUCUGUAACUUCUCAGAAAGAAGCAAAUCUCAAUGUUCAACAGAUUGUUGAUCGACAUACUAGAGAGCUGAAGUCACAAAUUGAAGAUUUAAAUGAAAACCUUUUAAAAUUGAAAGAAGCUCUUAAAACAAGUAAAAACAAAGAAAAUACACUAACUGAUAAUUUGAAUGAUUUAAACAAUGAACUGCAAAAAAAACAAAAAGCUUAUAAUAAGAUCCUUAGAGAGAAAGAUGGGAUUGAUCAAGAGAAUGAGGAGCUGAAAAGGCAAAUUAAAAGACUGUCCAGUGGGCUGCAGAACAGACAUCUAAUAGACAAUAAACAAAGUUUAAUUGAAGAACUUCAGAAGAAAGUUAAAAAACUAGAAAGCCAACUGGAAAGAAAAAUGGAUGAGGUAGAUCUAAAACCUAUGAAAGAGAAGAGUACUAGAGAAGAAUUAAUUAGGUGGGAAGAAGGUAAAAAAUGGCAAACCAAAAUAGAGGGAAUGCGAAACAAGUUAAAAGAGAGGGAAGGGGAAGUCUACAGUCUAACAAAGCAGCUCAACACUUUAAAGGAUCUUUUUGCAAAAGCUGAUAAGGAGAAACUUACUUUGCAGAGAAAAUUAAAAACCACUGGCAUGACUGUUGAUCAGGUUUUAGGAGUACGAGCUCUGGAGUCAGAAAAAGAACUUGAAGAAUUAAAAAAGAGAAAUCUUGACUUAGAAAAUGACAUAUUGGAUAUGAGAACCCACCAAGCUCUUCCACGAGAUUCUGUUAUAGAAGAUUUACAUUUACAAAAUAGGUAUCUUCAAGAAAAACUUCAUACUUUAGAGAAACAGCUGUCCAAAGAUGUUUAUUCUCAGCCUUUGGUGACAUUAGGAAUAGAGUCAGAUGAUCCUUGUCAUAAUGAACAGGAGCUUCGGAAGGAAAACUUGAAGUUGUCAUCUGAAAAUAUUGAGCUGAAAUUUCAGCUUGAACAAGCCAAUAAAGAUUUACCAAGACUAAAGAAUCAAGUAAGAGAUCUGAAGGAAAUGUGUGAACUUCUUAAGAAAGGAAAAACAGAAGUUGAGCGGAAACUUGGCCAGGUUAGAGGGUCUGGUAGAAGUGGAAAGACAAUCCCAGAACUAGAAAAAACCAUUGGCUUAAUGAAGAAAGUAGUUGAGAAAGUCCAAAGAGAAAAUGAACAGUUGAAAAAAGCAUCAGGAAUAUUGACCAGUGAAAAAAUGGCUAAUAUUGAAAUGGAAAAUGAAAAGUUGAAGGCUGAAUUAGAAAAACUUAAAGCUCACCUUGGGCGUCGGUUGAGUCUGCACUAUGAAUACAAGAACAAAGGUACAGAGAAAAUUGUUGCUGAAAAUGAAAGGCUUCGUAAAGAACUUAAAAAGGAAACUGAAACUUCAGAGAAACUGCGGAUCACCAAAAAUAAUUUAGAGAUAUUAAAUGAGAAGAUGGCAGCCCAGCUAGAGGAUACUGGUAAGAAACUACAGUUGGCAGAAAGCCGAGGUCCACAGCUUGAAGGCGCUGACAGCAAGAGCUGGAAGUCAAUUGUUACUUCAAGAAUGUAUGAAACCAAGGUGAAAGAGUUAGAAACUGAUAUUGCCAAAAAGUCCCAGAGCAUUACUGACCUGAAGCAGCUUGUAAAAGAAGCAACUGAGAGAGAACAAAAAGCUAAGAAAUACACUGAAGAUCUGGAACAGCAGAUUGAGAUUCUCAAACACGUUCCUGAAGGUGCCAACACAGAGCAAGGACUUCUGCGGGAGCUUCAAGUUCUCAGAUUAGCUAAGAGUCAGCUGGAUAAAGAAAGGGCAGAAUUAAUCAAUCAGUUAGAAGUCAUCAAGGACCAAAGUGUUGCUGAAAGCACCAUGCCUGGUGCUGAUGAACUCAAGGAGAAGGUCAGUGACCUUGAGACACGGCUCCAAGUGUCCGAGGGGGAAAAGCAGCAAUUGAAGGAAGAAAUAAAAAGGCUGAAAAAAGAAUUGGAAAAUUUUGAUCCUUCAUUUUUUGAAGAAAUUGAAGAUCUGAAAUAUAAUUAUAAGGAAGAAGUAAAAAAAAAUAUUCUGCUAGAAGAGAAGUUAAAAAAUCUUUCUGAACAAUUUGGAUUUGAAUUAACUAGCCCUAUUGCUGCUUCUGAACAAACUGAAGAUGAAGGAAGUCCUAAUGACUUCCCUAUUUAUUAAGGGCCACAUAUAACUGUAGGUUUUUAACGAUCAGUUUUGUAAGUUAACAUUUCAUCUGGAAAUCAAGCAAGUCUGAGCUAUACAGAAUUAUAUUGAAUUUUUAACUCAUUAUAAAAGUAUAUUUUUGAAGACUUGAAUAAAUUAUAAAGUAGACAAUAA